AUGGUUAAAAAUAGUCAUCAUGGCGGUUCAAAAACGCUUGGCAAAUUAUUUCAACUAUAUUUGCCAGCUAAAACUCAUCGGACUUAUUCUUGUCUUCAUUGCCGAGCUCAAUUGGCUAAUCAUGAUGAAUUAAUUUCUAAAUCAUUUCAAGGUAGUCAAGGUCGAGCAUAUCUAUUUAAUUCUGUUGUUAAUGUAAAUACAAGUGCUGCUGAAGAACGUGUUCUACUAACUGGUUUACAUGAAGUAGCUGAUAUUUAUUGUGAAUGUUGUAAAACUUUGCUUGGUUGGAAAUAUGAACAUGCAUUUGAAUCCAGUCAAAAAUAUAAAGAAGGCAAAUAUAUUAUUGAACUUGUACAUAUGAUUAAAGAUAAUGGAUGGGAUGAUGAAAAUGUUGAUCAUUCAGAAUAUUUAAGAAAAUAA